ACAAUGAUCAUCCUAGAGGGCGACGUAUUCGAUGACUGACCAUUGUGUGGUGCGAAGAUACGUCGAAGUAAUCAGCUGAUUGGGUUAUUUUUGUGAGCUCAGUAUGCUGCAGAAAUAAAUUAUUUUGUGUCGAUACACUGUGAACUAUGAACUCUCAAUAUUUGUUCGAAUACCAGUGUAAAUUUGUUCUGAAUCGGUGUACAAAGGGCCAUUAUCCUUUGACGAAUAAUUAAUGUCUCCGGAAAAUUGUGGUUGAAAAUUUAUCAGGAGUGUGAUAUAUAGUGGUGAUAUGUAAAAGAGGGUGACGUUAGUUUAAAAAAUACGAUAAAAACCUUGUAAAAACAUGUCAUCCGCGUCAGAAAGCAGUACAAUGAAGCAGCCUAUUAAGCGUCUGGAGAUCCAAAUUAAUAAUUUCAACAUCGCUGUACCUCAUCAUGUUGAUUUAUUAAAGAGGCAUAAGAAUAAUAUCCUAAAAUACCAAGCGCAACAUGAUUGGGAAAGAAUGCAUAAGGAACAUGUGAACGUAUCAAGGCCUGUGAAGCAACUAAAGGAAUUAUUGUAUCAAAUGGACACUCUUAGAACACAGGUUCUUGACUCUGAUAUUGAGCAAUUUGAUAAAUUGACUGCUAAUGCUCGCACAAAUAUGAUGAAUGCCAUUAAAGAGUAUUUAGAACUGGAAUUAAACUUACCACUUUCACCACCUGAGUCACCCAAAAGUGAAAAUCAGAAUGAAGAGCACCCACUUAACGAUAGCUAUGUCCAAUUGGAGAAAGAACAGAAGGAAUUGCAGCAUCAAAAAACAUGUCUGCAUACUUGGAACAAUCUGCAGGGAGAUAUAAAUCAGCUACAUGAUUUGUUUGUUGAGUUCAACAAGAUUGUGGAUGAUCAAAGAGAAACUGUAAAUAAAGCAGAGAAUGAUAUAGAGGAGACAAGCACGAAUGUACAAGAGGGUGAAAAAAUGCUGGCAAAGGCUGCAAGAUAUAAACUUGCUAUGUAUCCAUUUGCAGGGGCUUUAAUUGGUACUUGUGUUGGUGGACCUGUUGGUCUAGUAGCAGGUUUAAAAAUUGGUGGAAUAACUGCAUUAGGUUGUGGCCUUUUAGGUUUUACUGGGGCAACGAUACUAAAGAAAAAAGAAUUACAAAUGCAAAAGUCAACGAGCACAUCAGACUACAGUAUGAUAGAACGAAAGCCAAUACAGAGAUCACCAUCAUUGCCAGGUAACUCAACAGAAACCAAAAAAGAUUUAUGACCAAUAGAGAAGUCUGACAUUAGUGUUAAAAAAAAGAAUGCUUGUAACAUUAUUUAAUCUCGGAGGACUGAUACAUGUGAUACACGUCUUUUGCAUCUAGACAUGCUUUUUUGAUAUUACACGAAUAAAAUGGAAAGGCAUGCAAAAAUUGACUAUUGAUAAUUUUAAUAUACAUUGCCUCCAAAAUGGCUUGCGACUGCUUAAAGGCACUGACAAUGUUGUCUUGUUAUCAAUUUUAUAACUAGUAAGAAAUAUGACAUUUUUUUUUAUUAUCAUUACAUUUUGAAGGCACUGAUAUGUACGUAGGGUUGUUCGCAUUGAUAUUACUAAAAUAUUGUACAUCAUAUUAAAAUUAGGUUAUCGAAUACAUUACACUGAAUCUUUAUAUAGCAUCAUUUGUACGUUUCUAACGGCAAAAUGUACUUACCGCGAAAACGGUUUGUAUGUACUUCUUUGCGAAACUGAUGUUCACCGGCGGAAAACAAAUUUUUCUACACUUCCAACCUACUUUCGCGAAAUAUUAUAUAUGAUCGUCACACAAGAACCGAAAAUUGAAAGGUCUACAAACAGAACAUUCGCAAAUCAAACGUUUAGUUUAAUAAACAAGCACAAAAUGAUCAAUUAGCAACACACCAGAGACACUAGAGCGUACCAUCUACCGGAAGUCACGAUCGACACCGUUAAUAUCGAUCGUUCGAGCGCGCUCGAUUCGAUCGACUUUUCGAAACAAUGUCCCGCGAAUUUCAUUGUACACCGUUGAAUGCAAUAAAACCAUUUGCUUAAUUA